AUGGCUAUUGUUCAGCCACUUGCUUGCCCCCCUCCACCUUCUUCUUCCCUUUCCCCCCGCCUCCCCCUCCUCCUCCUCCUCCUUUUCCUCCGCCUCAUCUCUGCCGGUUCCCACGCGCCUGUGGUGCAUUUAUGCCAGACUUGGGAUGGUCUGAGACGCCUCUCCCAGACACACCUAACCGGCCAGGCCAGCCGAACAGCCAGCCAGUUGGCAGAAGAGCCACAAUCCUGGUCACCAGCUCAACGUCGAUUUGAGCUGAUUGUCUCGUCCCAACAAAAGUAUAAUUCAAGCGAUAAGGGGUUGGAGCUGCGGGGCUGUCUGAGGCCUGCUCCGAGGGCUGAGGGACCGGGUUCUGUGUGA